ACAUGCGCACGAAGGAUAACCAUAAUAAACAAUCAUGUCGGCGGACGAGGAUACCGAAUUAAGAGAUCUUGUAGCCCAAACCCUUGAAACAAAUGGUGUAUUGGGCAAAAUAAGGGCACAGCUUCGAGCUAGUGUUUUUCUUGCAUUGGAAGAGCAAGAACAAAGUCAGGACAAGUCUUUUGCCAAUCCUGCUUUGAAACAGUAUUUAACGACAAAAGAAGGUCAAGCAGUUGCUGGGCUAGUCCGGGAGUUCCUCGAGUACUUCAAUUUAGACUACACCUUAGCUGUUUUUGAACCGGAAGCAGGCAUAGGGCCAAAUAAAGGUGAUAGACAGCAGCUAGCCCGAGAGUUAAAUAUUAUCGAGUCUGAUGGUCCCCCAAAAGGGCCUCUUCUAAGUGCUGUAGUAUCAGGGAGCAAACCAACCGUACCUCAAACAAAAGCAUCGGAUGAACUGACACCUGCCCAAAUAGCUGCAGCGGAACAGAAAUUUAAUUAUUAUGACAAGAAUCACAGUGGGGACAUAGAUAAGAACGAGCUGCGGGAACUCUUUCUUGAUAUUUGUCCGGGGUUUAACAGAAAUAUGAUAGAGAGAUAUGUGAAUGAGGAAUUCAAAGCAACGGACACCGAUUUUAGCAGUUCCAAAUUGAAUGCCUCACGUAUAAGUUUUGAAGAGUUCCUAGGGAUGUACAAGAGACUGUUUGUACAGUGCAAGACGGUCGUUUCUGGGGAGGUGUCAGAUUUGGUUAAUUCUCACAAGACAAUUGAAAGAAAGGAGUUUGUGGAAUCUAGGAAUCAGCGCAACCUUCAGUCCAACUUGAAUGACCAGCGGAAGAAGCAGAAUGUGGAGACGGACCUGCUGGGCGGCAGUGACGUGGAGAUAGAAGAUCCGUUUUUUGACGACCCGGUUCCACAUAGCUCAGGACUUAAAGGACUUGGAACCGUGGCUGAGACUUCUGUCGAUAGUCGCCGAGGCAUGGGCGCCAGACCUUCACAAAUUCCCGUCUACUCCCCCCUCCGCAGUGCCAACAGCAGCGUCAGCAGCGACAGUGGGAAGGAUGGCAAACCGUCUGUAAAUGGGUCAGGUCAAGGUCACAGCUUGCAGUCCUCUCUCUCAGGUCUCCCCAAUCUUGCUCCGUCCAAAACACGCAAAUCACUGGAAAGCGAGGAAGAGAAUUUACGAGCGAUGGACAGAGGCAUGGCGGACUUAGGUCUGGACGGUGAUUUUGAUUAUGAUGAUGACUUCCAGAGCUCGGGUCACAGUUUAACCAAGAGUCCUCACACUAUAAGUAAAUCAGAACAACGAUCUGAGCAGAACGGCAGUAUAGCAGAGGAAAUAGAAGAAGAAAUCGAUGACAUAUCUAUUGAAGCUGAUGACUUGUUACGCAGUGAAAGAAGUGGGUUUGAUGACAUGACAACAGACAGAACGAUUUCUCAACAAGAUGGUUUUGAUUACGUAGAAGACCUGCAGUCCCCGCGGUGAAGUGCGUCCAGGAGGCAACACCGAACGUGAUAUUAUCAGACAUAUUUAUCUAGUCUAGGUCCCACUUUACAAGUAACUUUGUCUGCGGGAGGAUGCCGGUAAAACAUAUGAGUAAUCAAGUUGCCAGUAGUGGGUCGAAGGUCAAAACACCUUACACACACAAAUGAUGUUGCCAAACUCAUCCCGGACCAGUUGCUGGUCUUGUCUCAAACAUUUCAUGUGGUGCAUGGCUAACAUGUUCAAAGGAACAUCUAAUUCCUGCCAUUAUUUCAUCAUCGAAAGCUUGAAUACUAAUCUUCUUUUACUUUCAUAUCUAUUUGAUUUUCUAAAAUAUAAGUGCAUAAUCUAUAGAAUUUUAUGUAUUGUUAGAUAGAAAUAACAAAAUAUGUUCUGAAUCUGUAUUUAUGUAGAUGCAAUAUAGUGUGUUAUUUAUCAAAAAUUAUCAAGAGUGUUUAUCAAAAAAACAAUAUUUUUUGCAUUUUGUUAUGUUGUCGUUCCAAUUUUCCCUACUCUUUCAAGGGAUUAAAUUUUUAGAAUAAAACAAAAACUGUAAUUUUCAUAGGUAUGCCCAAAUAAAAACUGCCAUGUUAACUUUUUAUACUCUUCUUUGUAGACUGUAUCCGUGUGUAAUGUUUUUGAAAUGCAUUUUUAGUUUAUUGUGAUUAUUGGUACUUUAUUAUGCAGCCCAAUUUGAAUUUUCACUGUUUUCACUGCAGGUCAAAACUGUGAAAUUUCACUUGCAGUGAAUUUAAGUUCGCCAUAACCAUUUUAUAGAAAGGAUUUUAAAAGAAAUCAUAAAUUCAAAACUGUGAAAUCAGCAGUGAAUUUAAUUAAACUGUAACCAUUAUAGAAAAUGAAUGUUAAAAAAAAUCACGAGUUUAGAACUGUGAAAUGGAUAUAAACAUAAAAUCGUGAAAAUAACAAGGAAAUUGAAAAUCUGGGUACACUUGUUCUUGGAUUAUUGUGAAAUUUGAAUUACUUGUACGUGUUACCUGAUUCUUUAAGGGGCACAUGUUGAAUGGGUUUUUUAUAGCAAUGCAUUUGUUAAUUAUGCAAUAUGUGGUUGUUAAUUAAUUUCUAUGUUGUGCGACAUAUUUAUGCGAUUUGUUUUUUAUUUAGUCAUAUGUUGUGUUUUGUAUCAAUUAGGAUAUUUUUUUUUUUAAUUUUAGGUGGGCUUCAUUGAUAACAAUCUGUCAAAUUGUUUUUUCUAAAAAGUGUUCUAGUUCAUCAAAGCAUCAAAACAUGAAUACAUAAAAUUUUAUAAAAAUUACAGGCCAGUGGUCGUUUGGCUACGAUUUUCUUUUUUAUACCGAACGAAAGAAUAAAUGUCAUCAGUCUUGGGAUCACUGUCAAAAUCAUAUGGCACAAAGAAUUUGAUGCAAAAAUAAUGAUCAUAAUUCUGGUCCUGAAAUUUAAAUGUUCUGCGAUUGCCAUGAAAUCUAGUAAUUUCCAUGUAGAGGAAGUCGGAAUUCUUUUACUGCCAAACUGAUUCCAUGUCAAAAAGUGGGCCAUUUUUACUUUAUUAUCAUUAUUUAUGUUUUUUUAUUUUCUUUUUACAUUUUUCUUUAAAACUUUCAAGGCAGUUUUUAUUAAAUAUAGAUAUUCCACGUGAUAACUAAAGAAUUACAGAAUGUUUGAUGUUGUAUAUUAUGCAAUGUUGAAAAUAUACAAAUUAAGGAUGGAUUCUUGUCACUAUUCAGACGUAUUAGACGGUAUCCGCCAUAUGUGCGUUUAUCGUCUUCAGAUAGAAAACCUUUGGGUCAUGAAGGGAUGUUGCCGUUUCACUUGUAUUUGUAACAUUUAACACUAACUUGGGGUCUGGGGAACUUUAUUUACGGGGGUAUUAUAUUGUUGGAGGGGUCAGUGGCAUAGUAAAAUAGCAUUUUAUUUCAUCAAUUGAAAAAUUCCAAAUUGCUGACUUUAGUCUCCUGGAGAACAAAAUCACAGCAAGAAAAAUAUUUUUAAAACAAUGGAAAGGUGUCAUAACUGACAAGAAUAACAGGGAAUAGUCAAUUCCUGUGAUGUCGUGACCUUGCUACCCCACUUAUAUGCCAUACCCAAUAUUUUCUCGAAAAAAUUGUAUCCAUCACACAUUGAUAAACCUGUACAAAACUAUUCAUUGUAGUAAAAGAAAAAAAAAGAUUAUAAUAUGGAUUUUGUUAUUAGCAGAGAAACAUUGCCAUUUUCACAAAGUAUUUCAAAUGCAACUGUCUUCAUUUUUUUUUUCUAGUUUUCAACGAGUCUUAAGCAAUUGCUUUCAUGUUAUUUUUAAAAGAUUCUUAUGAGCAGAAGGUCCAAAUGCAUAUAACCAUAGAUAUAUCUAUGAUAUAUAUAUAUAUAUAUAAACACACACACAUACAGACACACACACGUGUAUGUUUUAGUGAUAGGUUUCUGAAUAAUUGUAUCGUUCUCAAUCCGUGUCUCUGUAGCAGAUCUAUGCAUUGUUACAUAAGUAUCAUUUGUUAAUUCAUCGACUACAAUUGAUCUGGUAUAUAUGAUGCAUAAAUAAAGUUUAUUUUGAUAGAA